CGUAUUUUUAAAAUUUUGUUAUGUAUCUCUAUAAAGUAUUAGUUAUUUUACUACAAGAAACAGUCUAAGAAAAAAAGGAUAAUGGAGCAGUGAUAGGGUAAACUUGCCGGCCUAGAGUUUGAUACUUGUACGACAAUGAAAUGCCAACUAUGAAAAGAAAAAAAGAAAACUUAAUAUUAAAAGUCAUCAUCAGAAUUGUUCUGAUAAAAAAUAGAUUUAAAUUAAAAGUUUGAUUACAUCUUUAUUUCUUUAAGGAAUAUGAGACAUUAAUCCAGCAAUCGAUUACAAGAUUUCAUAAUCAUUAAUCACAAUGGAUGAUUAUAAUCUAAAACAGAGCCUGUACAAGCCAGAUACACCAGCUUUGACAAUGUCUGCUAUGCCUGUAUUUGCUUCGCAUCCCGCUAUGUCCAGCUCUGCGCACUUUCAAAAUUCAUCCAUGCCCAGUGCUUAUAACAUCAGCAUUGGGGGCAUGUAUCAUCAACAUCAUGAGCAGCAGCAUCAACACGAUGUGAAGCAUCUCUCGCACCAGCAAGAGUCAGAAAGUAGGGCUUUAAAUCACAACUUUGUGAAACCUCACAUAAGUUAUACCUUUGAGCCGUCUUGUCCACCUUUUUUCAACUCAGAGCAAACAGUACAUAAGUCAAAUUUUGAAGACAUGUUAAGCCCACCCCCUGCGUUCAAUUUGGACCCAAAUUCUCAAAUGUUUUCUAAACUUCCAUAUCACCCAUCUCUUGCUUUGAACAGCCAAUAUUCUCAGGAGGCAAGGAGUAGUUACAUGUAUAGUCUUAACAAAUCAGAGACUCAUGAACCUCAAUUAGGGGAUCGUGAAGUCUUACCAUUACCACAGAAAGUCAUCACGACUGUAGAAUCAAUUACUUCUGACAUGCAAGUUGGAUUCUUGACUCAGAGUGAUAUGAACAAUUGCAAUACAAUAGUGUCAGACAGUAAUAUGCCGAUUGUGCAGCACCAAACAUAUCCUCUGCUCAAAGAAUUCACAUCAACAUCAAAUGUUAGCCUAAACAUUUACAAAUGUGGCUUCUGUCAUCAUUGUGUGUCUGAUAAUGACACACUCAAGGACCACCUUAAAAAACAUAGAGACCUCAUGCCUUAUUGUUGCGGAUUAUGUAGUGCUUCAUUUUACGAAGGGGAUGAACUAAUAGCCCAUGUUAGCAACACUCAUCAGGCUAAGGCCCCAUAUGCUUGUGGACUUUGCCCUUUGACCUUUUAUAAAAAUGAAGAGCUUUUAAAGCACACCGAGAGUCAUAAGGAGGUCCUAAAAAAUUCAGUGACUGUGGGGAUUAGAGAUCAUACUGAAAGGAAUUCUCAACCACCUUUCGUUGGCUCAAAAGAUGAUGAAACAGUCAAAGAUGAAGACGAUGAUGUUGAGGAUGAUGACGAAAAUGAAAAUAAUGAAGAAAUACUAGAUACUUCUGAAUUGAGAAAUGAUUCUGGUGCCAACACCAUAGUCAUAAGUAAAGAUACCAACUUUAGUCUGCGAAAAGGCCCGUCAAAAAUUGUAAUGGACGAUGUGGACCUGAACAAAGAUUGCACCGUCAUUGUCGAACCUUCCACGGCUGGAGGAGUUAGGAAGAAGCACCUUUUCAAAUGUAAUUACUGCGACAAAAUUUUCAAGGACAAAGGUUCACUUGUAAGUCAUGUUAGGACCCAUACAAAAGGAAGGCCCUAUGAAUGUUCUACAUGUCAUGCUAGGUUCAAACAGUAUGCCCAUCUUAGUGAUCACGUCGUCACUAAACAUACCAAAGAGCGUCCGUUUGUAUGUGAUCGAUGUGCUAAAACGUUUAGUCGAAAGUCUCACCUGCAAGACCACAUCAGGCUCAGACAUACAGAAGACAAAUUGUACCAUUGUUCCGAAUGCUCUGCCACAUUUGAGAAGCGGGCAGACUUCUCGGAUCACCGGCGUACGCACAGUAAACCACCUAAAUAUCAGUGUAGCAUGUGCCCUCGACAGUUCCGCAACAUUACAGACUAUGAGAGACACACAAGGAGUCACACGAAAGAAAAACGGUUUGAAUGUGAGGUGUGCCAUCUUACAUUUGGCUUGUUAGCCAAUGCUAAGAAGCAUAUGAUCAAACACAGUGAGGACAGACCAUUUAAGUGUGAAACAUGUCCAAAGGCUUAUCACUUUGAGCAUGAUUACAAGCGACAUAUAUUGACACAUCUGCAUAAGAAACCCUUUCCUUGCUCAGAUUGUUAUAAAUCAUUUAAAAAUGAAGCCUUAUUAAAGAAACAUGCAAAGGAGGCCCACUUGAAACUUGAUGAGAAUGCUGAAGCUAAGCCAUUCAAAUGUACGACUUGUCGAAAAAGGUUCAGAAUACAGUGGGACCUUGACCGUCAUAAAAAAAUUCAUGCCAAGAAAAAACCAUUUCCUUGUUUGUAUUGCUUUAAAACCUACGGCAGUGAAGCUAUGCUGACCAAACACGCCAAAGUCCACGAGGGCCAGAAUCUUCCUCUUUACGACCAUUCCAAAGACAUUAUUGAAACUUCCGAUGAUGAAAACAUGCCUUCCAAAAAGAAAACAAAAAAACCGGAAGACUCAAAUGAUGACAAGUCUGAAAUUGAUGAAAGGCUUGACAUGAAAGAUUUGUCAAAACAAAUAGUUACUAUUUCAAAGCGGCGCGGUCGUCCGCCUAAACAAAAAAAAGAAUCAGAUUCAGGUAGUAAAAAAGUCCCUAGUAUAAAAAUAACUUUUAAAAACAAGAAUCCUCAGUCUGCCAAGUUUCAGUGUCCUGACUGCCAGAAGAUAUUUCUGACAUCUGCAAGGCUUAAAACCCAUUCUAAAGUUCACAUCAAAAAGUGUUCAAAAAAUAAAAGGAUUAUAGAGGAUGGCAUAUAUGGUGUUAAAAAAGAAAAUUUUAACAAUGAUAGAAAAAUGUCUAUGUUAGAUGAAGAGAGUACACUUGACCAUACAGAUGCUGAUGAGACUUCAACUUCCUAACAUUUAGCUUUCAGCUAAUGUAAUGAAUAUCUGCAAAGUUGAUUUAUCAUAUUUAUUUCUAACAUUUGUAUAUACAUAAUGUGAAACCAAAAGAAAACAACACAUUUCAAAUUUUAGCAAGUUACUGAGUAUAAAAGUACAAGAUAAAUGAUAAUCUUAAUUCAUCACACAUUUCCAAAGUAAAUUUUACUUGUCUAUAUAAAGAACUAGACCAGUGUAAUGAAAACCUUGGCAAGUGUAAAUGGAAACCUUUGCCAUUGUAAGGGAAAGCUUGUUACUAUGUAGUCUCCUCAAGCUUUCUCUUUUAGCAUAUUUUGUGCAUUUUAAAAAUAUAGUUAUAGACAUUGUGAUGUUUCAGUCUAAAAUCAAACAUACAUUGAACCCAUGAGUGUUCCAUGCCGUUUUUCAAGUCAUGAAAGCCUGUUACUCUAGUUGACUAGGGCUUAACACUUACCAUAUUGGGUUACCUUGUUCAAGAGGUAGAUUUGUCUGCAUUCCUUGUGUUAGAAGCAUGAAGAAUUCUUCCUAUUAAAAUCUUUUUUUUACCUAUUCCAGAACUUUAUGUUGGCUAAAAUUCUCACCUCAGUUUUGGAAUAUAUAACUUAAUGUAGAAGUUGGUCUAAAAAUGUUGGCUGAGUAUCAACAUAAAGCAAUGCCACAACAAAUCUUGACCACUAAAGUGAAGAAGUAUCAACCUGGAUCAUAAUAUAUUUGAUUAUAUAGAAUCUAUUUGUCAUGAUGGCCCAUGAAAGGAUUUUCUGUAUGGGAAAUGACAUUUUUAAAUGUGUUUUCUUGAAACUAUUUAAAUUUUCUUUGCACUGGUGAAACAAAUCUAAACUUGAGCAAUCAAAAUAAAGUUUAUGCAAGAAGGUUAUGUAGUAGGUCUACAGAAAAAGAAAGUUCCUUUGUAUUGGACCUGUAUUAAAGAUCUACAUUUCAUAAUAAUAAUAAUAAGGCUUGUCUUCGAGUCCAAAGAUUAAUGAGGAAUGCAGUAUUUCCUGUGGCUACGCAGCCCCAGUUGGGACCUACAUAUUUUGCCACAUCCAGGGCAAGCAUAACAAUUGUCUGCCGGUGGCCGAUUAAGAUUUUCUUUUUGCGGUCUGCGUCAGUCCUCGGAUGCAGAUUUUCUUUUGUAUCCAGCUGCCUUUGUGAGUAACCUCCAGCUGUCUCAUUCUGAGGCCGCAUUCAACCAGGUGCUCUCUUCUAUGUAAACUAAGGCAGCAGAUCUACAUUUAAGCACAUGUAAAAGGGAAUUAACAUGCAGCAUUGUUACAAUACAAAUGAGUGGAAAAGUGCAUCAAAAUAUUUUAAAAUUCUGAACAAGUUUCAUCUCAUAGACUUUUGUGUAAGGAAACGCUACUUCUCUAUCCUCAUAUUUUAUAAAAGUUCAUAUUCUACUUCUUAAGUUACAGCACAAAUGAAAUGGAGACUUUAUUAAAGACUAUGAUAUUAGUAAACAUAAGAAAUCUAUUUCUCUAGCUUUCUUAUCUCAUUCUUCUUAUGUCAAUGAAAUCACCAACUUUCAGCUUUCCAUUGGUUUUUGUUGUUAUUGAAAGUGGUUCAUUAUGUUUUGUUUCUGUAAUGGGCAUUUUUGUUGUUAGAAGGUAUAUUGAUGCACACAGAUAUUGGGAAUUUUCAUGGCGGAAACCCUAUAAAAAGCAAGUUUAUUGGUGUAUCUGGUGUACUAAAGUAAGUGUUGAUAAGCUAGGUGAUUUUUAAAAGCUACACCAUGGAUCCCUUUUAUUUGUAACUUUCUAGUUGACAAUUUUUAUGGUUAAUUUAGUGGCCUUUGACAUUAUUUUAUCAUGAAAACCACUAAUAUACCUCUUCCAAUGUACACUGUUUAACUUACGACUUGCUUUCAUUAGUGGCCAGUUUUUUUUUAUUGUAGUUUUAUCUGUGGAAUACAUACCUGAGCAGGUCUCGGAUGUCAUUUCUGAACACUACAGAAAUGGCUAGUUUGUUGAUUAUUUGGAGUUGUUUCAAGAUUUUUCAAACAAUCCCAUUUUUAUACUCAUUUUAUUUCUACCCAGUUUUGCAAUGUUCUCAGUUUCUAUUAUGUCUUCCAAUGUAUUGAAAUAAUUUUAUAUUUUUGUCUUUGUUGAUUUGAUAUUAAAAAUAUAUAUGACACACAUGCUGGCAAGAAACUUUUUCAUACUCAUCUGGAAUUAUUGCUAUCAACCUAGUGAAAUUAUCAAUUAAGGUCUGUAUGAAGUGGUAAUGAGCUUUUGGUCUAAACUACCCACAGGUUGUUACAUUGCAGGUCAGUGUUGAGGCCUUCUAUAACGGUUGGACUAUAGUAAAUAUAGUUACAUUUUUAUAGUUAUAUAUAGUUUCUUGGAGUGGUAAAAAAAAAUAUUUUUUUAAAAAUGUCCAAACCACUGCCACAGAAAAAGUUAAAGACUUGAAAGACCAUAAGAAAAUUUAAAUAUGGAUUGUACAUUUUACCAAAUUGUUCAUUGAAUAUAUUACAGGAUUUGAAAUUUGUUGAUAAGAGUAUAACUCAUGUUAGUUUGAAUAUGUUUAAUAGCUAUAUAUUAUUUGUUUCAUGUCCUGAUAACUCUUCAUGGCAAUUGUAAGAUUAAAAAUACUGUGUCAACAAUUGUAUUGGCUCUAAUAUUUUAAACAUCAAAUAAAAAAUGGCAGCUUCAUUAACAGUUGAAUGAACUCAUUCAAGUAACCUCUCAGUAAUGUGUUGCUUUUAGCAUCAAUUGUUUUAAGGCUUUCAUUUAUCCUCUACUCCUUGACAUUUUUUUUUUUGUUUCAAAUUAAAGUAAUAUAUUUCCAAUUCAAAAAUUGAACGAAACAAAUAAUAAAGAUAGCCUUUUGAAUGAAAUUAUUUAUUUGUUUAAAACAUCUUUCACAACUAUUUACAUACGUAGCUACAUACAGUUGACAUGCAUGUUAAUAUGUACACGUGACAUAACACAGAAAUAUGUGUCAUUGCACUCAUCACAUUGACAUAUGCAAACAAAAAAGAAAAUGACUUCAACAAAAGGCGUCUGCCCACAAAAUAAAUAACUUGUACUUCUGCUCACAUUAAGUCAAUGCAAAAGUUGGCAUUGUUUCCAAACUACAACGGUUGGUGGAUGAUAUUUAUAUCAUUAGAGCUGUACAUGUCCAUACAGAACAAGGAUACAUUUAUACAAUUAUUAUACACAGAUAUGAAUCAGCAAAUGAAGCCACAGAAAGUUGAUGCAUUAGAUAUAUACACAUUCACCCUUCAUCAAACAGUUCCAUUCAAAUAUCAUUCAUUAAAUAUAACCUAUAUACAAGUGAAAGAGAACAUAUCAACCCCAUGGCCUCAAGUUUUGAUGAUAGCACAAAGUCGAUUCAUACGAAAUAUACAAGUAUUUACUUCAACAGGUUCAUUAUCUGUACACUUAGUUGCAUACAUGGAAAACAAUGUGAAUGUAUAACUCAAUCUGUUAGGCCCAGAAGAAAAAAAACGCAACGAAGCCACUUGGCUUAUUAUCUGUAAUUCUUUGUUUGACAUGAAGCCAACACAAACAAAGCGUUGCUUACAACCCUAAACCACAAAUUAUUUUCAUGUGUGAGAAUCAAUACUGAUGACAUGUAAAAUUACAACACUGUUCAGAAAAAGAAUAAAAACAAAACUUCCAUACAAAAACACAGAUAUUCAAAGAGAUAUGGGAAGCUUCUCUGCAUGUAAAGGAAAUUAAUUCUAAUCCUUAGAAAUAGCUAAAAUGCUAGGAGGCUUAAAUUCACUAACAAAAGUUCUUGUCCUGCCAAGGGGGAUAAACACAUACUAAUCUCUUCAUAAAAAAAAAAAAAGACACAAGGUGUUUUAAGAGUUAUCUUUCAUUCUGUAGUUAUAUUACCUAGAGUAAGUGCACAUUAUACAACUGUGAUAUAAAUUCCUUCCAAAAAGAGGAACACUGACUAUAGUGUUACAGAUACACAUACGCCCCAACAAAUCUACAAUGCUAUUUCCCUCACAAUGUGUUCACUAAGAAGUCAGGGGACCAU